CCACAAACAUUUAAAGAUUCAGUGAGCUCAGACACACAGUGAGUGCGGAAGUGUUUUUGCUGUCUUCAGUUAGUGUUGAGUUCACGGUCUCAGAAGAGCUGCAGCAGGAAAAAAACAAUUGUAGGUUAACACAGAAAUGCAGAAUUUUAAUGGAUAUUGUGUUUCCUUCUCUGGAGUGCUGCUGCUUGGUGUUCUCCAGGGUGUGUGUGUUGUUUUGGCCGACACAGUGAUGGUGCUCAAAGCUGGGAGCUCCCUGGAUCUUCCAUUAAAAUAUCCAGUAGAAUCAGGGUUAUUAGUUCAGUGGACCUUCAAUAAGAGCACUUUUGCUGAAUACAGUACAGACCAAAAUUACACAUUUCUGGAAUCACAGUUCACUGGACGGUUAAAGGGGGAUGAUGAUAAAGUUGGAGUAACUGUACAAGAUCUUCAACCUCAAGACUCUGGAACCUUUGUAGUGGCUGCAAAUAGCAUUAAUACACAGUAUCCAACACAGACAUUUAAAGUUUAUAUUCAGAGUCCUAUAACAGCUGUGCAGAUUGAGGAGUCUCAAACAUGGCUGACGUCCAACAACAGUUGUGAUGUUGUUGUGAAGUGUGCAGCACCCGGAGCUGAGAGGGUCUCCUACUCAUGGAGCGGCUAUCAGACUGCAAGUGGAGCUCAGCUGCAGUUCAGUCUCUCACCAGCAGAAGGAGCUGUUACACUGAACUGUACUGCAGCUAACAGCAUCAGCUACAGUUCUGCUUCAGAGACACUGAGCUGUAGCACCAACACAGGAGCUCCAUUGUCAGUGCUCAAACUGAUCAGUAGUCUUGUGGCGGCCUCUCCCUAUCUGCUGGUGACGAUCAUUCUGGGUGUAAAAUGUUACAGAGCACACGGUCAUCAUAACAGCCAGUAUGCUGUAACUGUAAUUGAGGAAUAAGCGCUUGGUUCUUUGUGGUUCUUAAUUCACAGCUUAACAGUUUAGAGAAGGUGCAAAAAUAAAAAUUAAAAAUUAAAAAGACUUUGCUUAAAAUAUCUUGCAUUGUUUUAUUUUUGUAAAUAAUGUUUUCAUUUACACUCAGAUCUCAGUGACACAGUAUAUUUACCUGUUCUUAUGUUUGCACAUUUCUGGAUUGACUGCUCUUAUGAUUGCUGGGGAAACUCAGUUUUCACUCUUUCUUCAAGCUCUCUGGUUCGUCUUCCAGUCCCUUGUAUUUCAAAAGAUCCUAGUCUUUCUUCCUUGGUCAUUUGAUUGCCACGCUUAGCACAUCUAUCACAACAUUCUGCUCCAUUUAUAUUCUCAGUGUCUGUUUGUUUUGCUGUACUGGUUAUCUGUCUGUAUCUGUCGAUCACACAGGAUUUUUGUUGACUUCUAAUGCUUUGUGUGAUUCCACUUGUGAGGAAAUACGACUGUCCAAACCAUAUUCAUGUUCAUCUGUCCCUGUACACAAGCCUGGCCAUGUUUACUGCAGCUAAUAUCAUAAAGUGCUGUAAAAGACGACAUGUUUGUGUCAUCUGAUCAAGGAUCUGUGAACAAAGGAGGAUUUUAACAUCAGAGUCUCUUUACAUUUAAAUAAACUGCUCCAUUUGCCCUUUAUCUGUUUCUGGACUUUUGUGAAUGGAUAGUUUCUGACUGUAUUUUUAUAUACUGGACUCUUGUAUUUAUUAAUAAACCUCCUGGACAUGGAUCCUCACACAUUUCCUGAGUCUUACAACUUAUUACA